AUGAAGCUGCAACUGAUCUCACUCUUUAUCCUUCUAUGCAACAACAACGUCCAGUCCCAAUCCCUACAAAGCUAUCCAAUCGCUCGUGACGAUUACUACGAGGUGGAGGCAACCGGAGAAACGAAGAAAGUGGUGAUGGACGCAACAAACAUCACUUGGACAAUGCAAACAGACAGAUUGCGUCUGAAACUUUUGCAAAACGACGAGGUCGCCUACUGGCAACCCAGAACUUGCGUACAGCAGGCAAAAGCAGGACAGGAUUCUGGCUCAAAGAGACAGACGGAUUACUUCGAGGACGUCACCGAUACUGUAGGAUUUACGCACAGCUAUCGCAAUCAUUUACCCUCUCGGCCAUAUUGUCUGUUCGAUUUCGAAAUUCCGGUUCGAAAUUCGUCGGAAAACGUACGUUUGCAAGGAGAGUUCUGCGUGCCUGAGCAGCUGCCGGGCGGCGUGGCCAUCGCAGACUACAACAUGGAUGGUUAUCCGGACAUUUUCUUUACCGUUUGGGACACAAGAAGCAAACUUUACAAAAACAACGGUGAUAAGACCUUUUCUGACGUGACUGAGGAAACGAAUGUGGGUCCUAACAGGUAUGCUAGUGGUGCAGUGUGGGCCGACUUUGAUGCAGAUGGGGAUCUGGAUUUGUAUGUGACGUCAGUAGGAAAUACCAGACACUUCCUUUACAUCAAUCAGGGAGGUCGAUUUACUGAAGAGGCUGUUGAGAGAGGCUGCCAUGGCAGUCAGCCUGAUAACCGACGGUUGGCGGGAAUGACACCAAACGUGGGAGAUUAUGAUCGAGACGGAUACCCGGACCUUUUCAUAACAGAAUGGAUGAUACUAGGCACUGCAAAGAACUCAUCAACAAGACUUUUACACAAUCUGGGAGCCACACGGCCAGGGUAUUUCGAGGAUGUGACGUAUCGUGCAGGCGUGGAUAUGGACGAGUUGAGGAGAGGCAAUAAAGCUGCCGCUGGAACGUUCACAUUUUGCUCAUCAAUGACUGACUUUGAUGAAGAUGGAUGGCCGGAGUUGGUGGUCACUACCGACUAUGGAGAUUCAAAGAUGUUCUGGAACAACGGAGAUGGCACGUUUGUUGACUGCACUGAGAAUUGCAAUCUUGGGCGAAGAAUAGAUGCAAUGGGUCAUGCUAUCGGAGACUGGAACGGUGACACUCACUUGGAUUGGUUCUCCACUGGCAUUCAUCAAAAUUCUGAUCGCUGUGUCCUUAUCGGCUGCGUGUUCGGCAGCGGUGGCAACGUUUUGUUUGAAAAUAAAAACGGAGGCUACGGACGUCGUUGGUUCGAAGAUGCCACAGACAUUGCUGGUGUGAGAGAAGGCUGGUGGGGCUGGGGAACGACCAUGUUUGAUAUGGACAAUGACAAAUAUCUUGAUUUUAUUAUGACAAAUGGAUACGAUUCGGUAUCAACGACUGUGGAUGAUGUUUUUGCAUUCACUCCGAUGAUAUUGUGGUACAAUAGGGGACCGGAAUACAAUCUGUCAACUGUUGAUAUUGCUGGGAAAGUUGGUAUCAACAACACAAAAGGAGGAAGAGGCUUGGCAAAGUUUGAUUAUGAUGGUGAUGGUGAUGAGGAUAUUGUGGUGGUGCACAACGUUGGCAAGCCGGUUCUCUUUGAAAAUCUGGCAGGAAAUCGUAAUUUCUGGCUUCGAGUGCGAGUUGUGCAUCGUUGUCCGGGUCUUGUCUAUCAAUUGUGUGACAGUCUGCACGCUCGUGUUCAAGUUGCCUCUGACGGUUGGACUCAGACUCAGGAGAUCGGUUCAGGCGCACAUUUUAUGGCUCAGAAUGAGAUUGAGGCUCAUUUUGGUCUUGGAAAUCGACCAGGUUUGGUUGUUGUGUCUGUGUAUUGGCCGUCGUCAGAUACAUUUGUCAACAUAUCUGGAGUGGCAACAAAUCAGAGGCUGAAAGUCAUCUUACCGGAAAUUGGUGACCCAUACGCCAACACAACAACAUCAUUCAACCAACUCGAUCUUUGCCCAGAGUUAACAAUCACGUCAAUCAACAAUGUGAAAGGAGACAAGGUCACGGCUGCCGUCAAUCACGGUGGUGAUUCUGUUGCUCUUACUAUUGAUAAUCUCAACGAAGAGCAGGAAAUCACAUUUGACUACAGUGUUAAGGUGGAACCGCCGUCACUCGUGCAGAACAGAACUGCAACAGGAUCUGUAACCGUGGAGGUGAAACGAUAUAUUAUCAAGAAACUUGCGGCUGACUGUAUCAGGAAAUUUCCGUCAAUUCCUGACAGACGAUUUGAUGGCGCUUCAAACAACCAAAACAACACACACUGGGGGGCAGUAAAUGAAAAUCUGCAACGAGACGUGCCAUCACGUUAUGCAGAUGGAGUUGCAAAACCAAACAGCCAAUGCACAGAAAAACUGAGAUCACAAAAGAAAUGUCCGUUUCCGGCUGAAUAUGCAGGAGAGGGAAGCACACGACCUUCUCCACGCCUCAUCAGCAAUAAACUUUUUCAUCAAGUUGACAGCAAACCCUCAUUACGUUUUCUUAGUGACAUGUUUACACAAUGGGGUCAGUUCUUGGCUCACGACACCGACUUCUCUAGUCCACUGCCACGGUUCGAGUUUCAAGUCGACAGAAGCGACGUAUGGAUUCCCAUCACAGUACCAAAGGGUGAUAUCCACUUUGAUCCUUAUACUAAAGGAAAUCAGCACUUGCCGUUUAUAAGAUCAACAUACAAUCGUGUCUGCACCGGUCGAAAUUUUGGAGUGCCACGUGAACAGCUCAACAAGAUCACAGCCUACAUCGACGCUUCGAACGUCUACCCUUCAUCUAGUGAUAUUGUGGUAGAGGUGCUGCGCACUCUUCAAGAUGGAAAAAUGAAAUUGCAAGACAACGGCAUCAUUCCAUAUAACACGUUUGGAUUGGCAAAUGACAAUCCUGUGGGUCGGCCACAGUCGACGUUGUUGAUUGCUGGUGACACUCGAAGUAACGUACAGCCGGGUCUUAUAGCUCUGCACUCGCUGUUUGUGCGUGAGCACAAUCGGCAAUGUGACAUCUAUAAAGCCAAACAUCCUAAUGCAUCAGAUGAACAGACUUUUCAAGCUGCUAGAAAGAUUGUUAUUGCCGAAAUGCAAGCCAUUACGUUUAGAGAGAUGCUGCCUGCUUUACUGGGUCGUGAUGUUCCACCAUAUCAAGGAUAUAACCCAGAUGUCAAUCCAAACAUUGGAAAUGCUUUUGCUACGGCUGCAUUCAGGUAUGGACACAGUCAGGUAAACACUCAUUUAUGGAGAUUUGACAAACAUUGGAAAGUCAUCCCAGAAGGUCAUCUGCCACUCAGAGACUCGUACUUUGCUCCCGAAAGAGUUAUCAAUGAGGGUGGUAUUGAUCCACUAUUACGAGGAUUUGUUUACCAACUAGCACAAGAAAUUGAUGAAAAGAUGGUUGAUGACAUGCGCAAUGUGCUGUUUCCUAUUGGUCGUCGUGAUGGUUUGGAUCUUGCUGCUAUGAACAUUCAGAGAGGCAGAGAUCACGGUCUGCCAGACUACAACCGAGCUCGAGAUUAUCUUGGAUUUACACCUUACAAGAACUUCAGUGAGUUGACAGACGAUCCUGAAAUAGUGAAGACAUUGUCUGAAGUUUACACAUCAAUUGAUGACAUGGAUUUGUGGGUUGGAGGUCUUCUAGAGAAGAAGAAACCUGGAAGUUCAAUCGGAGAGACAUUUGAGAAGCUUUUGCUGACAACAUUCUUGCGUGUACGAGAUGGGGAUCGUUUCUGGUAUGAAGGAUAUCUGAGUGCUGAGGAGCAAGCGAUGGUACACGAGAAUCUGACUCUUUCCAAAAUCAUUCAAUACAACACAGACUUCAAGGAUGUACCAGAAAGUGUUAUGUUUGCAUCACAGCUCUGUACUGGUGUUCGUAACCAUCAGUGUAUUCUCAAACCAGAGAAGCCAACUUGCCCUACUCCAACAGACACACCAUCACCUGCUGCUGCAACCACAAAAGCAUCAAGUGCUGAGACAAACAAAGCAGUAACAGACAAAUCAACAACUCAGGCUAUUACAACUGCAGCCACAACAACAGUCACUGUGACCGAGUCGCCAUGCUGUUCUGAGAGAGACACCUGCAAUUCGAAGAGUGCAAAUCUCAGUCAAUUGGUUGAUGUAUUGAGAAGAAAUCAGACAACACUGAAGGCUGAUGUUAGCCAAUUAGACAUGGAUCUCCAUGAUGAAAAAAUGUUACGUCAAGCUAAUGUUACUCAACUCAGUCAACUACAACAUCAGUGUACUCUAACUGAGAAAGACCGAGACUAUCUCUCAACACUAACAACCAAACAAGCUACAAACAUUACUACUUUAUCACAACAAGUCUCAUUUCUGGAACAAAAUGUCACUUUACUCACUGCAUCUGUUACUGCAUCAGACGAGACUUUGAGGCAAACACGAGCAGCAGCAGAGCAGCAAGCUAAUGUUUGUAAGUCUAACGUCACUUUACUUUUAAAUGAAAAGAUGACACUCGUUGGUCAAGUGAAUGAUCUGGAACAAUCGGUCGACUCUCUCAACCAAACUGUCACAAACCUCACCAGUGAAAUAAAAAGUUGUACAGACCAACUCACACAACCCACAGCUCCCAUUGCUCCAACUUCACAUGCUUCAACAACUCAACCUCCCACCACACAUGCACGAGUCACAACAUCACCAUCUUCAGCAAUACCAACAACAACAGAUGUUGGAACCACACCACCUGGCACGCCGUGUCCCACUCCAGAUCCUGCACCACUUAAUCAACUAAAGGAAAACAACACACGAUUACAGCAACAGUUGUCGCUUGAGGCAGGCGUGGUGUCUGGCUUGAAACAGCAACUUUUACUGGAGCAAACCAAAUUGCUUGGCAUCGUCACCAAAGUCAACAAACUUCAAACAAAUGUGACUUUUCUUAAUCGACGAAUACAACGAUGUGAAGUAUCAAGAAACCAAGCUUUACAAGAUCUAACAAUCUGCUCGUGUGCAAACACGGCAACCAGUGUGCCCUCGACCGAACACAAUCAACAAGUUAUUAUAUCCACCAUGCAACGAACGAUCGACCGACUGACAGCAGAAAAGAGUGAACUAAACUCCAACUAUCAACUCAUGCUGACAGAGAAUCAGAAGGCAAAGCAAAACAUCAGCAAACUGAAUGAACAAAUCACAACAUUAAUAUCGGGUCAAAAGCUACAGUUGGAAUCUCGACCUACAGACGACGGCCAGUCAUCGUACGAUUGGUCGGACCUUCUGGAAUCGACUCCAGGAAAGAUUGUUGUUGCUGUCGGUGGUGCAUUCUUUUUGCUCUUUCUCGUUUUCUUCACUGUGAGCAUCUGCUUUUGUGUAAAGAAGCGUAGUGGCAGCAAGUCGGCGAGGAAGUACGACGUGCAGAUGGCAAACAUGGCAUUUGAUUACAGAAAUAAGGGAUAUAUGCCAGACAGCGAUUAUCCUCUCGAUUAAUUAAUUAAGUGAGAAAGUUUGCUUUCUCUAUUGUCUGCACAAGAGACGUGCUUGUGUGGUGCUAUUGUAUUGAUAUGCUGGAUAUCUACGUAGCUUGCCUCUUCAUUCUAUUUUUACUAGCAACUUUCAGUUUGUAUUGGUCUAGAUGACUGUCUGUUUCAUAUAACUGAUUUAAUUAAUUGAUGACAAUAAAUACUCAAAG